GGACGGCGGCAGGAGCGGGAGCCGGGAGCGGUGAGGGCUGAGCGGGGCUUUUCUCAGCAUGCAGUCCCAUUAGAUUGGGGUGUGAUAACUGACCACAUCCUGCAUGUUGGACAUCUGGCUUGCAUCCUUAUAUCUUCCUGCUUGCAGAGUGGUAAAGGGAUUCUCUGCUGCUGGAAGGUCCAUCUGGAACAGAAAAAGCGCAGCAUCCUACUUCACUGUGGUAUAUUAAUUGCCAAAGGCAUUCAUACAACAAUAAGAACUAUUAAGAAUCAUAUUCUUGCUAAACUCCAGUUCUGAAGGAUACAAUCUUACAUUGCCUGAGCUCGAGCAGCAAAGGAUAAAUCUGAUCGCUGGCCAACUUGUCAUCUCUUCCUUGGAAUGGAAAAAUGGUUGCCUAAAAUAAACCGUUUGUUAUGCUGCUAAAACUGCCUUUGAAUACAAGGUCUGUUGUGAUUUUUAAAACACAAAUACAAAAAUGUCAGAACCUGACCCUUCAUCUGGAUUUGCAGGAAACAUGGAAAAUGGGACUUUUCUGGAGCUGUAUCCCACAUCCCUUUCCACUUCAGUGGAUUCAUCGCCUGGCCGUUUAUCCAAUGUCUAUGUCUAUGUUUCUAUAUUCCUUAGUCUCUUAGCUUUUCUCCUUUUGCUAUUGAUCAUUGCGCUACAGAGGCUGAAAAACAUCAUUUCUUCCAGUUCCUCCUACCCAGAUUAUAAUAGCGAUGCUGGAAGUUCUUUCACUAACUUAGAGGUUUGUAGUAUUUCUUCGCAGCGAUCCGCUCUCUCAAACCUUUCUUCGUGAAACUAAAUUAAAGCAAACACAUGAGGAAUGGAAGAGCUUUGUUUAGUUUGUUGGGAGAGUCAGUGCAUGCAACAUUUGCCUUAGAAGACUGGUAUGAAGAGGUGGCUUUUAAAGUUUCCCUAGGGGUUGGUUUCUUUCUUUUUCUAGUCUUCAUUUGCCCUUUUACUAAUGUUCUUUCCCAUUUUGGACCAUGGGUAAUGACACUUGAUCAUCGUUUCAUGCCUGUAAUAGCAAUGCUGUCUCUUUAUUGCUCACAUACGGUGUUCAUUAAGACUACUGCUGCCAAACUGUAAUAUGAUUCUAACUGGAUGUGUCAUUUUUCUGCUCUAGUUGUGACCCUUUCCCUGGGUUUGUGUCAGUACUAGGCUGACUACUUUUAUUUCUCCUUUUUCAAUUAGAUAAGGACUUCUGGAUGAAAUCCCUAUUGCAAAAGUACUUUAAAAAGCAGCUGAAAUAAUAAG